ACUAAGAGAAAUCGGAGAGGGGAACAACAGAAAAGAGAUUCAGCGACUGUUACAGGCUACUAUACAAUUCAGAAAAUUGAUCAGACUUUCAAUGACACCCCGAGAUAUACUUGACAAAUAUCCACAUUUAAAAACACCAGAAAUGAUGAUAUGUGACUAUCUGCUGCUUGAAGACUUGGAAAUGGACAUACUCAUUUCAAAUUUUAAUGCAAGCUGCACACUUCUGAGCCGGCAUUUUGAGUUGAGUGCAGAGGCAGAGCUUGCAAAAGCUGAAAUAUUAAUGGGGCUCCAUGACCAUUUUCUGAUCAAAUCCUUGAAGAAAAAGAUACAGCCAAUGCUCAUCUUAAAGGAUGAAAGGGAAGCAGCACCACACCUUACAUCUUCAUCUAUCCAAGCCCCAUUCAUAGUUAUCUUGGUGAAGCAAGACUUCUGCACUGGGGUAAAGGAUAUCCGGAGUGCUUCAUUGAUGAUGGAGGGUAGACUCGUCAAUUCCCUCACGAACCCAAAAGCCGACCAGGUGGCAAUUCUUCUAUUAGCUGGGUACUAUUCUUUAAAUGUAGAAUACCCCAAGGUUUACGCAGACUUCAUGAAAAGUGUUGAGAGAAUUGUAGUUAAUCAAUUAGAUAGAGCGGCCAGUAGAUGCAGGAAGGCUAGUUGGAACCAAUUCCUGGCAAUGCUCCAACCUUAACAAACCAAAGGAAAGUAAAGUUCGAACCCCUGUAAAAGAAGGAUGUAAGUAGGUUUAAAUUUAAUUAAUUUUAAAUUAAAAUGAAAUCAC